AUGCUCCAGGCACCAGACCAGAGCACCGAGGGCAGCCGGACACCGGGAGUGUGUGACACAAUGGCUCAGUCCAAGGGGACAGUGGUCCUUGCCUACAGCGGGGGGCUCGACACCUCCUGCAUCCUGGUGUGGCUGAAGGAGCAGGGCUACGAGGUUUUCGCCUACCUGGCCAACAUUGGGCAGAAGGAAGAUUUUGAGGCAGCACGAAAGAAAGCUGUGGCACUGGGGGCCAAGAAGGUUUACAUCGAGGACGUCAGCAGGGAAUUCGUGGAGAAGUUCAUCUGGCCAGCAGUUCAGGCCAAUGCUCUGUACGAGGAUCGGUACCUGCUGGGCACAGCCCUGGCACGGCCCUGCAUCGCCCACAAGCUCGUGGAGAUCGCCCAGCGCGAGGGAGCCCAGUACGUCGCCCACGGGGCCACGGGCAAGGGCAAUGACCAGGUUCGGUUUGAGCUCAGCUGCUAUGCCCUGUGUCCAAAGAUCAAGGUUGUCGCGCCAUGGAGGCUGCCCGAGUUUUACCAGCGGUUCCCUGGACGCCGUGAGCUGAUGGAUUAUGCCAAGAAACAUGGGAUCCCAGUGCCUGUGACACCUCAGACACCCUGGAGCAUGGAUGAGAACCUAAUGCACAUCAGCUACGAAGCCGGGAUCCUGGAGAACCCCAAGAACCAGGCUCCUCCCGGGCUCUACACCAAGACCUGUGAUCCGGCCAUCUCUCCCGACACCCCAGACGUGCUGGAGAUCAAGUUUGAGCGGGGUGUCCCAGUGAAGGUCACCAACACUGGUGAUGGAGCCACUUGUUCCUCAGCCCUGGAACUCUUUGUGUACCUGAACGACAUCGCGGGCAAGCACGGGGUCGGGCGCAUUGACAUCGUGGAGAACCGCUUCGUUGGCAUGAAGUCCAGAGGUAUCUAUGAGACCCCAGCAGGAACGAUCCUAUACCACGCGCAUUUAGAUAUCGAGGCCUUCACCAUGGACCGGGAAGUGCGGAAAAUCAAGCAGGGACUCUCCCUGAAAUUCUCAGAGCUGGUGUACAAUGGCUUCUGGCACAGCCCUGAGUGUGAGUUUGUGCGGGAGUGCAUCGGGCGCUCGCAGGAGCCGGUGGUGGGCACCGUCCGCCUCUCCAUCUUCAAGGGCCAGGUCUACAUCCUGGGCAGGGAGUCCCCACGGUCACUCUACAACGAGGAGCUGGUCAGCAUGAACGUGCAAGGGGACUACGAGCCCGCCGACGCCACUGGCUUCAUCAACAUCAACUCUCUCAGGCUGAAGGAAUAUCAUCGUCUCCAGAGCAAGGUCACCGUAAAGCAGGAUGAAUAG